AUGGGCCGUCACACCGGGCGUCACUACAACAAUGUGGCUGCCCAAAUGCACGCGUAUCUAAAUAAUCCUGGUUACCAAUAUCCUCAUUAUGGAUAUGAUUAUUAUGGAGGGGGAUAUGGUGGAGGAUAUGAUUUAGGAUAUGGUGGCGGUGCUUCACUUUUUCAAUAUGGUGCUCAACAAAUUGGUGUUGAUCCAAUGCUUGUAACUGAUGUUGGUAGAUUUGCAAGAAGUUUUAUGUAUAAUCUACUCGCAUAA